AUGUCGGCCAGUAUAAUUGUUCAAGCUACACCAGUAAAAGCGAAUCUCGAGGGACUCCUCGAUGAAAUACAACAAUUGGAUCUAACUCCGUUAGACCAAAAAGCGACAGUAGAAGUAUUGUGCCAGCAAUACGAAGCAAGGGCAAGGAUUAUCAAAGAAAAGUUGAUGCGCCUCGAAAAAUACGUUGGCACUCUUGAGAAGAUCAACGACAAAUGGUUGAAACACAUUCAACUAGCCCCAAUGUCGCAAAAGAAAAAAGAAGAAAAAUACGAACAAAUGACAAACGACGAUAGAGGUAUUUUAAAAUUAAUUAACAUAGGUACGGAUACCAUUAUAACCUUAUCUAUGUACAAGAAUGAUACAGAGUUAGCCCUUAAACGUCUAGCACAAAUUAAAGAACCUAGCUUAACUGAAUGUCGUCCAGUAGUAAAUUUAUCACAAUUGUCGUUACCACCGUUUAGUGGAGACCCUAAAACAUGGAGAGAAUUCUGGAGUAGUUUCGAAGCCUUCCUAGUAAGAGGUUACGAUAGGGCACCUGAAAACUAUAGAAUUAUAAGAGAAUUAUUAAUGGAGAAAUUUGGUCGUGUUUCCACUAUAAGAAAAUUACUUUACAAUGAACUCAUAUCUACAAAACGAAACAACCGAGACUGGAAAACAAUAAUCGAAGAAAUGGAGAGAGUUCUAAGGCAGUUAGAAGCAAUUGGCGAAAACGUAGAGCAACCUAGCAUCGAAACGAUAAUAGAAUCCAAAUUGCCAAACUGGAUAUUAAACCAGGUUUAUCAACAGUAUGGCAUUUCUGGUGCUAUCAUCAGAAUGGUGUAG